CUCCGGGAGGCUUGGGUGGCGGAGGCAGUGGCAGUGGUAGUGGCAGCGGGAUGGCGGAACAAGAUGUGAGCAUCAGUGGCAUCGAUCUGUACAACUACAGCUACAACUACACCGGCAACGGGUUGGAGUUUGCUCUGGAGGCGGACGGCCUUGGCUCCCGACCAGGCUUUGGCUUACUGUCCAGCACACUGUCCGCCCCCACUGCCAACGCGGCCGCACCUAGCAGCAACCACAGCCACCGGAGUGGCGGAGUGGCGAAGGUGAGUGCGGAUGUGCCAAUCUGGGUGAUACCCUGCUACUCGAUCAUCUUGCUCUGUGCCGUCGUGGGCAACCUGCUGGUGGUGCUCACCCUGGUGCAGAACCGUCGCAUGCGCACCAUCACCAAUGUCUUUCUGCUCAACCUGGCCAUCUCGGACAUCCUGCUGGGGGUCUUCUGCAUGCCCGUCACCCUGGUGGGCACCCUGCUGCGCCAUUUCAUCUUUGGCGAGUUCCUCUGCAAGCUCAUCCAGUUUGCCCAGGCCGCCUCUGUGGCCGUAUCCUCGUGGACCCUGGUGGCCAUAUCCUGCGAGCGCUACUACGCCAUCUGCCAUCCGCUGAGGUCGCGGACUUGGCAAACGAUCAACCACGCCAACAAAAUUAUCGCCAUCAUCUGGCUGGGCAGCCUGCUCUGCAUGACCCCCAUAGCGCUCUUCAGCCAGCUGAUGCCGACCAGUCGCCCAGGGCUACGCAAAUGCCGCGAGCAGUGGCCCGCCGACAGCCUGAACUACGAGCGGGCUUACAACCUGUUCCUGGACCUGGCCCUCCUCGUCCUUCCCUUGCUGGCGCUGAGCUUCACCUAUCUGUUCAUCACCCGCACCCUAUACGUGAGCAUGCGGAACGAGCGGGCCAUGAACUUCGGCAGCAGUGGACCUGAAGUGCCCGGCCUCGGUCCGGCCGGCAGCAGCCAGAGGCGCUCCAAUGGCAGCCACAGCCAGUCCCAGGAAACAGGGAUCCAGCAGCAGCAGCAGCAGCAGCAGCUGCAGCAGUUCGGCACUCCCCAGUACUACUACGGUGACUACUCCCAUGGCGGCAGCAAGAGGAAGCUCCUUGGGGGCGCCUGCGAAGGGCGCAGGCAUCUCUACUGCAUGCGCAGUGCAUCCGUGAAGUCCCUGCGGCAGCAGCAGCAGCACUCUCAGCUCCCGCCGAUCAACGGGUGUGCCGGCGGCGGGGGCGGUGGCGGUGGCGGUGGUGGAGGUGGAGGCGACUGUUGCAGUCGGGCCCAACGGCUGCGGCAUCAGUUGCAGCACCAGCAGAUCUGCAUGGGCAUGGGCAAUGAUGAGUCGCGGCGCAAAUCGCUGUCGCAGCCCAGCCUGCGCAUCACAGAAGCGGGGCUGCGAAGCAUCGUGCCACGCCGCUCGAACGAGAGCAAGAGCCUGGAGAGUAAGAAGCGGGUAGUGAAGAUGUUGUUCGUGCUAGUCCUGGAGUUCUUCAUCUGCUGGACGCCGCUGUACGUGAUCAACACGAUGACGAUGCUGAUCGGACCUGUGGUGUACGAGUAUGUGGACUACACGGCCAUCAGCUUCCUGCAACUGUUGGCCUACUCAUCCAGCUGUUGCAACCCGAUCACCUACUGCUUCAUGAACGCCAGCUUCCGACGCGCCUUCGUGGACACCUUCAAGGUGCGGAUGUGCGAUGGGGGCCGCCUAUGCUUCUGGCGGCGACGUUCCAAGAACGAGACCAACCUGUCCGUGGCCGGAAACUCGAUUGCCCUGGCCAAUUCGGUCAUGUCCAGCCACACCAUUCUGGAGAGUCCUCGCCUCUGAGCCGCCGCUCGUUGCAGGGAGUCCGAGCGGCGCCAGUUAAAGGUAAUGGAGACGGAGUCGCUGUAGGAGCGAGUACGAGUAUGUCCCUACGAGGUGUCCACCCAACAGGCAGCAAAAUAUGUGAUGAUGCAAUGUGAACGAAACUGAAACUGAAACUAAAGGAACUGUGGUUGUCAACGGCUCUACCGCGUUGUGAAUGUAAAUGUGCGUGGAUAGACGGAUGGAUAUCUUUUCUACGCAUGGGCGUCCCCCCCCCCCUUCCCGCUGUUACUAAAUAUGCAUACAAUAUGUGCAACUAAUGUUUUAAAUGUGAAUCUAGAGUUACUAUCAUUCGAGUUGUUAAAUGUGAAUUGUUAGACUU